CCGUUUUUCUUUUAAUUUCGUGUGGGCAGCGCAUUUCCCUGUCAUUAGGUUUUUCCGUGGAUCGCUUAGCUCAGCCGCGCUAUCGCGGUUCGCGAAGUUUCUCUCCCUCUGCUUUUCUGUGAUCUUGCGCUGCGCGCAUUCAAUGUGGAUGGGGCCUCACAGCGCCACGGCGAUGCGGUGAUCGUCAUCGUCGCCUGGAAGUAAGAAAUCGUCUCUCUUCUCUCUUGACUCUUUCUUGCUGAAAUUCGGUGCCGGGAAGCCUGGGAGAGGGGUGUAGGGAUGAAUUGAGAGGAAAUCCUUUGCUGAUCUUUGAUCUCCGCGAUGGCUUUUUUGCUUAGAGUAUUUUCUGGAAGGCGCGCAGAUGCGCCGGAGGAUGUGGAGCGGCUCCGGGAAGAAUUUCGCCGGCGGAAGGACGAGGUAUUUGGCGAUUUGCUCCAGAAUGCCGAAGUACGAGCUCUUGUUGAGAUGAUCUAUGAUAGCUCCAACAGGGAAGCUCAGUACUUUCUCAAGCAACCCUCGCUAUCGUGGCUGAAAGAGAAUCCACAGCUCGUAUUGGAGACCAUUUCGGUCUUGUCUUCUCAAGAUGCUCCGUUCGUUGGAAGAUUGGGCGAUGCCAUUGAAAAGUAUGGAGUCGAGGCAGUGUCUGAUAUAGUGCUCGAGCUAUUCAACCAGAUAUCAUAUCUUACGAGGCAGCUAGGCUUGGGUGACAGUUUAACAGAUGGAUUAGAAUACGGAUGGGAGUUAGGGAGUCCGCUUUCAAGCAGGCCCAGACAUACUCAGCGUCAGAAUCAGCUUCUUUGGACAGGAAGUAGGAGUCUCACCUUUCCGGCACCCUCUCGUUGUCAACGUGAUGGGCCGGAUAAGUUAGAUCGCUGCAUGGACGAGCCUUUACCUGUAUCAACGUCGCCGAGAGACGACAAUGACGUUGUCAACGGGCGUGAACAGUAUGACAGGCGAAAUUCAGUAAAGCAGAGCGCAUCUACAGUGGAGAAAUCUAGUGCCGGCGAGGCAGAGAACAACAGGAUGCGGGUACUUGUUCCUCCAGCCCCUCGAAUUGCUCAAGCAGCGAGCGAUGAAGCACCGAAGCUUGUUGCUGCGGACGGGGACUUUCGGGAGAAGUCGGGAGUUUCUUCAAGGGGACAUAGCAGCAGGCGUAGUAUGAGUUGUGGUGGAAGUGAGCUCUACACCUCCGAUUCCGACGAUGACAGCUUCUCGACGUCAAGCCAAAUGAGCUUACUGGUUGCCGUGUCCGAGUCGCAUAGUUCCGGUUCAUCGAGUGCAGAUGAUUUAGCUUCAGAGUCUGGUAGAAACGAGGCAAGGGUUGUGCCCGAAGACAACUCCGAAGGUUGUACAGGCACUGGGAAAACAGGCAUGGAGGAGGCAGGUUCGGCUCCUGCUCACGAUUUCCCUGCCUUCAAGCCCGAGAUCCAGAUCCAGGAUGGAGGUGAGGAAUAUCUCGACAAGCUGCCAAUAUACUCCUCGGUCGUUCUAUCAAGCAAAAGCUCCGGCUCCGAGAACGAGAAGGACUUGAGUUUCUAUGCGCCGGAAAUGUGGACUUAUUCUGAGAAGGAGGGCCAUGAUUUAGACGGUACAGAAGCCAGUCGCAGAAAUGCUCCUGAACAGCAAGCAUCCAACGACACCAGCGAGCAUGAGGAAGAGCUUAUGGAGGAAGUUAAAGUGGUGAUAGUACCCAGUGUCGAAGACAAGUACGUGUCUGUUUCGGUUCAACCCGUUACGAUCGAUUCUUGGAGAAAUGAGUCAGGCGGAGCACAUGUUCAGGAUGAUCUGUUUGCUGUGAAAAGGAUGGAAAAUCCUGUUUCGGAAGAAGUCAAGGAUGACACCGCGAACUUGGAAGAAAAUGGUGGUAAGCUUCAAGGCGGAAUUCUCGUAGCAAAAACACUCCAAGCACCAGGCUGUGGUGAAUUGGCGGCAGAGGCAAGGGACUCCGAGUUCCAGUUAGAGAAAUUCAAGGAAGCAACAUCCAACUCGGGAGACGAGGAUUUAGCAGCCGCAAGCUUGAGCAAAGCCAUAGAAGGAGAUGAGCUGGGAGGCGCCGGUGAGAAGAACUCACAAGACGUGGAUAAGAACUAUGAUGAUGCGAGGAACGGGGAACAGGUGGUGGACGACGUUCAUUUAAACAGCUCUAGUGUAGAUGGAAAUGGAGAUCUCGAGAAACAGGCCGAUGUGAAGGAGAGCUCGCUCUUGGCCGAGGAUCACCAAGCAAGUGAAGCACUACACUCGGAGGCCUCGAAAGAUGACGGGCUUCCACCACCGGAGAAUUCUCGCUCCUCGGCGGAUUACUUGGAAAGGCUAAGAGAGGAAGAUGGUCCAGAGAUAGCAGCCACUCAGAAAAGCGAGCCUCCAAAAGCUCCAGAUUCUCCACCGAAGCCGGAGUCACUGCUCGUCCCUUACUCGGGCCUCAUCGCACUAUCCGGUCCCAUUGCGUAUCCCUCCUCAUACUCGGGGACAGUGCCAUACUCUGGAAGCUUGUCUUUGCGGUCGGACAGCAGCACCAACAGUACGCGCUCGUUCGCUUUCCCGGUUUUGUCAAGUGAGUGGAACAGCAGUCCGGUUAAGAUGGCCCCUCCCGAGAGGAAUUAUAUGCAUCACAGGAGACGCUCGUGGCGCUCGCUGUGCUGCUUUUGCCCCACUCCCGGAUACAGUGCCGAUUGAUUCCAGUAAGAAAUGGUUUUUUUUUUUCCCUCUCUCGAGCUUGAUGGCAAUUUUGCUCGUUUCCCAGAGCCUCGAUGACAACUUUAGCAUCCACAGAUCAUCUCUCUUUUUUCUCUCGGGAACGCGACGAUCAAAGCGUUUUUGCUUUUCGGAAGCGUCGUAUAUUUCGUACCUCUGCCCCGUUCCCAGCGCGUCCCUUUCCCGUGAGCGCUGUAAACUUCAGUUUAAUCAGUUUAGUCUCAAGAGUGUUCUUCGCGGAGACGUAACCAACGUGGCUGGCGGGCUGCGACUGCCAUUGGGAUCUCGCUAGGUGGCAAAGAUCUUGUCGAUAACGACCGAAUAAUCACGUCCGUCAGUGUGAAUAUUUACCCUGCUGGGGUGAAAUCGUCUAGCAGCGAUUUUUUACC